AUGCAUCAUAAUAUGCCAAUUACUGUUUCUCUACAGGAUCAGAUUUGUAUUUUGAUCGGUGAAAUUAUUGAUGUGCCGAAACAUCAGAAGUGGUGGUACUAUUGCUGUUUGUGUAAUGCACCUGUUUCUCAUGUUGGAAAUUUAUUUUAUUGUUAUCUGUGUAAAGUUGAGUGUUUUGAUGUCAUAAGAAGGUAUCGCAUCAAAAUUAUUGUUUCCCAUUCAAAUGGGAGCAAUAUUCUCAUACUUGAGGAUGAUGAGGUGAUGCAAAUACUGAAAAAGAGUUGCUUAGAUUUUUUGAUGGACCAAGGAAAUUCGUCCCAAUCAACGGAUGAUUACACUAUUCCGAAUACCAUGAUUUCUCAGUUGAUGAACAAGAAAAUUGUCUUCAUAGUGGAUCCUAGACCCAUUGGAUAUGAUUUGAAUAAAUCUCUUCAUGUUGUUCGUGCAAUAUGUGAUGAUAUUGAUAUUGUGAGGUUUUUGGAGGACUCCACCCAUGAUAAUCAACAACAGACUGUUAACCAUAAUUUUUAUGCAAGAAUUUCAUCUUCGCAAGGUUCCAAUUUAUUUGGGAAUCAUCAGCCUCUCACUAUUAGGAAAAAGUUUCGGAAUGCCUUUGGAUAA